CUCUUUGAUCUCAGUUGGGCGUGAAAAAACGAGUCUUUGCAUUCCAAAGAGAACUCUUUCUGUUUGCCUCGUUAUUUCUGCCGCGAAGGAAGCGAGGGUAGUCGAAGGAGAGGCGAUAAGCGGUAAUGGCCCGCAUGGGCGGCGCCGAUAGCUCUUCUUUCUCUUCGAGGGCUUCGUCGUCCAAUUCUUCUUCGGGCUUUCAGAAUUACCCUUUGAUUUCAGCUCUGCUGGCCUUCGCACUGGCGCAGUCGACCAAGUUCUUCGCCACUUGGGUUAAAGAAAGACGUUGGGAUCCUAAACGACUUGUUGGAUCAGGUGGGAUGCCAUCAUCCCAUUCUGCUACAGUUACUGCUGUUGCAAUUGCUAUUGGAUUUCAAGAUGGCUUUGGCAGUUCUCUCUUUGCGGCUGCAAUAGUAUUUGCUUGUGUUGUGAUGUAUGAUGCUUUUGGAGUUCGGUUGCAUGCUGGCAAACAGGCAGAGGUGUUGAAUCAGAUUGUCUACGAACUUCCUGCAGAGCAUCCUUUGGCUGAAACAAGGCCACUUCGAGAACUCCUUGGUCACACUCCAGCCCAGGUUGUCGCAGGUGCAAUUCUGGGGAUCAGUACUGCUAUCAUUUCUUACAUUAUCAAACUGGCUGCAAGUUGAUGCUGAUAGACAGUCCUAGCUCUGCCUAAUUGCUAACACCUUCCCGUUAAUCCAUUUACUAUACUAUAUAAUGUUUAUAAGAGCAUUAAGAGCAAAAGUACUGAGUGCUGGUAUUUGUAUCAUUCCAUUGAUUUUAGUUGCAAGUAGUUUUCAAUUUAUCAUUCACAUGGUAUGAUCAUUCGACAAUAUGUCUUAGGUUUCGUUUAGGAUAGCUUCCUUAAUGUUUUCUAAAAUAACUUUUUAGUACAAGAAUUUUGAGUUUAAGAAAAUUUUGUAUGGAAAAGCUGCUUUAGAAAGCAAGAAGAAAGCUGUCUCAAAAAAAGACUUGGCUUUGUUUGGGAUAGCUUUCUUACUGUUCUCUAAAAUAUCUUUUAAGUACAAAAGUUUCUAGUUUGAAACUUUUGUAGUAGAAAGUUGCUUUAAAAAGCAAUAAUAAAGCGGUUCUAAAUGAAACCUUAGUCAUGUGUUCAUAUUUUCAGUAUUGUUUAAUGCAUUAUGUACUUUUUUUUUCUUUUUAAGUGAUUAAUUAUUUGUGGUUAAGAUGACAUUUGUUAUGCAGAGUUAGUUUGUCUUUUUAAUAUUUGUUUGGUGGUUUUCAUUUUUUAAUAAGACAGUUAUGUAAAUAAUACCAAACAUUUAGAGGCAUCUUUCAAGAAUUAUGGUAAUAUUCUUCAGGAUUGAUGAAGAGUUUUGUUGA